AUGACGCAUUUAUUUAAUCAUUUAUUUUUCUAGGGCCCUUUUUCGGUAUGGGCGAUGUAGGAAACUUCUGGAUAAAUGUAAACGAAAAAAUCUCACCGUCCCGAGGUUGUUCCAACUUCAAGUUCAGAAACAUCCUCAAAAGCCCUGUGUCUUGUUUGAGGACCAAGUGUGGACGUUUCAAGAGAUUGAAGAUUUCUCAAACAGAGUAGCCAAUUACUUUGCAGAGCAGGGAUUCAAACCUGGUGAUGAAAUCGCUUUAUUCAUGGAGAACAAACCAGAAUAUUUGGCUUUCUGGUUAGGCCUGUCUAAGAUUGGAGUUGUUACUGCUCUCAUUAACACUAAUCUGCGAUGGAAAACAUUAGUGCAUUCUAUCACAGUUGUUAAAUCAAAAGCCAUUAUCUUUGGAGGAUCACUUCAAGAUGCUGUGGAAGCCAUCCGAGCCACAUUAGAAGAAGACGACAGUGAAAUGAAAUAUUACUGCUAUGAAGAGGGUAGUGAAGGCUUUUCUCCAACCUCACUCAACACUUUAUUGCAACAAAGCCCUCCUCACCCACCUACAACAAUGAAUGAAUUUAGUUUCAGCGACCGCUUGUUGUAUAUAUAUACAUCAGGAACAACUGGAUUACCCAAAGCAGCUAUUAUCAAACAUAACAGGUAUGUUUGGCUUGGAACAGCCAUUCGUUACAUGCUGAAUAUACCAGAUGGUGAAAUUUACUAUACAAGCCUCCCACUGUAUCAUUCUGCUGCUGGUGUUACAUUUGCAUGUCAGACUGUUGUGCAUGGAGAUACCCUUGCACUCCGUAAAAAAUUUUCUGCCUCCAAGUUCUGGGAAGAUUGCAUCAAAUUCAAUGCAACAGUGACCCAAUAUAUUGGUGAAACCUGUCGCUAUCUGAUGGCCCAACCAGUUCGACCUGAAGAGAAACAACAUCAAGUUUCCACAGUUAUUGGAAAUGGUCUCCGUCCUACUUUAUGGUCAACUUUUGUUGAAAGAUUUCAAAUCAAAAAAGUUGGAGAGUUUUAUGGAUCCUCGGAAGGAAAUGCAAACAUCAUCAACACAGACAACACUACCGGAGCUGUAGGUUUUAUAUCGCUAAUCAUUCCCUCUGUGUAUCCAGUAACACUUAUCAGAAUUGAUGAGGCUACUGGAGAACCUGUCAGAAAUAGAAAGGGUUUGUGCAUAAGGUGUAAGCCUGGAGAACCUGGUGAAUUUGUUGGAAGAAUAAUAAUAAAUGACCCAGUUCGUAAUUUUGAUGGAUAUGUGAAUGACCAAGCAACAAACAAGAAAGUUAUCAACAAUGUUUUCAGUACAGGAGAUUCAGCAUUUCUCUCAGGUGACAUAAUGGUGAUGGAUAAGAAUGGUUAUAUAUACUUUAAGGACAGAACAGGUGACACUUUCAGAUGGAAAGGAGAAAAUGUGUCAACAAUGGAAGUGGAAAGUGCCAUUAGCCAGGCUCUUAACCUAACAGACUGUGUGGUGUAUGGUGUAGAAAUACCAGGUGCUGAAGGGAGGGCUGGCAUGGCUGCAAUCAUCGACACUGAACAUAAAGUCAGUUUUGAUACUUUAGCACAAAAGUUGAAGAAACUGCUUCCUACAUAUGCUAUGCCAAUAUUUAUUCGUAUUGUUGACGAACUAGAAAGAACAGGAACAUUCAAACUGAAGAAAUUCAACUUACAAAAAGAGGGUUAUAACCUGGAUGUUGUGAAGGACCCUUUGUAUUAUCUUGAUGUGAAACUGGGAAAGUACAUUCCAUUUGACAAAGCCACCUAUGAUGAGAUUUGCUCUGGAAAAUCUCGUCUUUGAUCAGUACUGCUAACAAAGAAAUUUAUGUUAAUGACAAGUGCUUCUAAUAUUGCAAGAAACUACAGAAAAAUAAAGAUUUAAGAAAUGCUUUAAUUAACUAUGAAAGCUUUAUUAUUAUUAUUCUGUAGAGCACUGGUUCCCAAUCUGUUGUUGGCAUACCAUAUAAUAACUAUAAUUUACAAAACAAAAUAAGUGCAUAAAAAUCACUUAUGAUAUUAAUGUUAACCACAGGCUUACCUUUCUAUGUUUAAAUGCAGUGGUGCACCUGUAUUUUGUUAGCAAAAUUCUGUAAUCUUAGGUGUAAUGUUCUUUAGCAUUAGUCUUCAGGUUCAUUCAGCUUCUAUAUUUGGACUUCAGGACCACAAGUGAUAAAAUUCCCAUCUUUCACAGAUACAUAGUAGUAAAUGACAUCAGAAAUAAACUGCAAGUUCUGGGUACUCUCCAGUUCUCUAAA